AUGUUUGAGGGUGGUGCGGAUCCAAUGGUAGCAGAUGACUACAUGGAUCAAGUGGAAACUCAAUUAAUCUCUAUGGAUGUGACGGAUGAUCACUUGAAAAUCAUGCUAGCCACCUACAAGUUUUCUAAGGAUGCCAAGCUUUGGUGGAAGUCGGUUACAAAUCAGUAUAAGGUUGAAGAGAUGAGUUGGGAUAUGUUCAAGGAGUUGUUCUACGAGAAAUAUUUUUCGAUCACCAAGAGAUGGGAGUUCAAAGACCAGUUCGUUGGCCUUAUCCAAGGCAAUAUGUCGAUAACAGAGUACGAGAACAAGUUCACCUUUCUUUUUCGCUUUGCUCCAGAGAUAGUGAGCAAUGAGGUUGAGAAGACUAAGAAGUUUGUUUCCGGUCUUCAUGACCGAAUGAGGCCGUUGAUAAUGGCACAGUACCUCAAAGUUUACCUGGAAGCAGUGGAAAGGACAUUAAUGCUAGAGGCGGAGGCCAAAGAUAAAGACGUAAGAAGGGAACAGUGGAAGCAAAAGAGGAACGCAUGA